AUGCGUUCCAUUCAGCCUGUUAAAAUAAAAGCACUCAUUGAAGAACCUAUCAACAACCAUUAUCAAAGCUGUACAGCUAUAAAUUAUUUGUGCAAUUCAAAAGAAGAAGUUAACAUCAAUGGAUUACUGGUGUCAUUGCAAAAAUUGAGUACUACACCAAAUUCAGGAAAACUAUUAAAAGCACUUACUGAACGCCAUUCGCCACAACCAGCAUUUUUGACUGUACGAGACUCUGAAGAUGAAUCUCUUGCAUGGGAAAAACUUACAAAUGAACUAGUAGUUUAUGCAGCCACAAUAUGCAUACCUGAUUGGCUUUACGACUGCAUGAUGGAACGCCCAGAACUUUGCGAAAAAAAAGUUUUACAAAAUCCUUCGUUUGAUGACAUGGAACGCGUUGUUCAUCUUUGUGGAAAAUAG